GUCUCUUGUUCGUAUCGUUCACUAGUGUUUUAGAAUUUUAUAUCCGAAUUGAAAAACAAAUUCAAUUUUCUUAGUGAACAUAAAGUGAAAGAGGCAGUUAAUUAUAUUACGAAGUAAGUGUGAAAGUGUGCGUUGCUAACGAAAAAGGAACACAAAUUUUACUAAAUUUUUGCAUGCCAAAAGUGUUACCAGCUAGUGCGCCCGAAAGCAGGCCUUGAAAAAAAAACACAAAAAACAACAAACAACGAAAGUGUCUGAUUUGUAAUUUUCUAUUAUUUCCAUUGAAUCGAGCAACAGUAAUAUCUACCGACAAUACGUAAAUCGUGUACGGCAAUACGAAGAACAGACAACCCCUCUAACACUCUAUAUCCUGCCACCCAAAAGGCCGUUGAAUUAAAUUCCAUUUUGCUAUAUUUUCUUCACAUCAACAUUGGUGGUGGUUGUGUCUGUUAACGAAAGGAUAAGCAACAGACAAAUAGUUGGCGAAAUUUUAGGCCUGUGUCCACAAAAACUAGAAUACUUUUACAAAUCGAUCUAUAACAACGUAAAACAUCCAAAAUAGUUUAAAAUCAGUAAAAUAGAAUACUAAAAAAAUGCCAGCGGAAACGAAAACUGCCACCGCUGGAACCGAGGCUGAUACGCCUACGAAGAGCAAAAAGGCGAAUACGACCGGAAAAGCUGGACUGGCGCGUGUCACUUUGCUCGAUGGCUCUUUGCUUGACGUCACGAUCGAUCGAAAAGCUAAGGGUCGCGAUCUGAUCAAUACCAUUUGUGCUGGCCUCAAUAUUGUGGAAAAAGACUACUUCGGUUUGACUUAUGAAACGCCCUCAGAUCCACGAACCUGGUUGGAUUUGGAUAAACCAGUUUCAAAGUUUUUCCGUAGCGAUCCAUGGGUGCUGCAGUUUGCUGUGAAAUUUUACCCACCAGAACCUUCGCAGCUACAAGAGGACAUCACGCGCUACCAGUUAUGCCUGCAAGUACGCAAUGAUAUCCUCGAAGGUCGUUUGCCGUGCACAUUCGUCACACACGCUCUGCUCGGCUCAUAUCUGGUGCAAUCGGAGAUGGGUGACUAUGAUCCGAAAGAGAUGCCAGAUCGCCGUUAUUUGAAGGACUUCAAAAUAGCACCCAACCAAACUCCAGAGUUGGAGGAUAAGGUUAUGGAUUUGCACAAGACUCACAAGGGUCAAGCACCUGCUGAAGCAGAAUUGCAUUAUUUGGAAAAUGCUAAAAAGCUGGCUAUGUAUGGCGUUGAUUUGCACCCAGCAAAGGACUCGGAGGGCGUUGACAUUAUGUUGGGGGUUUGCGCAUCAGGCUUGCUUGUGUACCGCGAUAAACUACGCAUCAAUCGCUUCGCAUGGCCGAAAAUCCUCAAGAUUUCUUACAAGCGUCAUCACUUUUACAUCAAAAUACGCCCCGGUGAGUUUGAGCAGUAUGAAUCGACAAUUGGCUUUAAAUUAGCCAAUCAUCAAGCCGCUAAGAAAUUGUGGAAGUCAUGUGUGGAGCACCAUACAUUCUUCCGUCUGAUGACCCCUGAACCACCGACUAAGACGUCAUUGUUCCCACGCUUCGGGUCGAAGUACAGAUACUCGGGGCGUACUUUGUACGAAAGCAAACGAAAUCCAAUCGAUCGCACAGCGCCGAAGUUCGAUCGUAGUUUGUCGGGCAGACGUUUGACAUCGCGAAGCAUGGACGCUCUCGCAAUGGCCGAAAAGGAGAAAGAUGCUCAGAAACGUCACACCAUGGGACAUCCACCAGAGCACAUUCCCGAUUUCGACUCACCACGUAGUCGCAGUCCAUUAAAGAAGGAUAAAAAGGAAAAGUUAAAACGUGAAUCGAGCACUGGUACAGCUUCCGCCUCUUCGCAGAGUUCACUCGAAGGUGAUUAUUCGACCCAUACCGGUGCUGAUGUGGCAGCCGGCGAGUCUGCCUCGGCCGUCGCCUAUCUUGGCAAAGAUCAGGCUGACGCCGAAAAGGAGGCCAAAUUGAAGAAGAAACAACAAGAAAAGGAGGAGAAAGAACGCAAGGAACGUGAGAAGAAAGAAAAGGAGGCCAAAGAGAAGGCCGCCAAGGAGAAAGCUGCGAAAGAGAAGGCAGCUAAGAGUGCUGCUGGUGCCACCGCUGAGGGCAUUAACGGCAAUGAAGAUUUGAAUGACUCUAACAAGUCGGAUAAAUCCGGUAAAACUCGCGGUGGUGGUCUCUUCUCGUCCGGUCGCAAGAGCAAGAGCGCAUCUCCGACGAAGGAAGCGAAGGAAAAAUCCGGCAAAAAUAAGGAUGGUAAGAGUGGUGAGUUGGUCUACGCUGAUCUAGAGCUUAGUGGACCCAAUAAUCAAGUCAAUGAUGAUAAGAACCGUGCUUCGCGUCAACCCGGUUACACUAGACCUUAUGAAUAUUCAGAAGGUACUGCUGAAACAAGUCCCACGCGUAAGUCUUACAUUCCUGGCGGCUUCCGUUAUGACCAGGACCCUCAGAGUGGUAAGCGCGCUGGUCAAGAUGGGGAUGGACAGUUGUCGCCCACCGCUGAGCAAAAGAAAACCGCAAUUGCAUUCAAUUAUGCACCUGGCCAUGAUGAUACACUCAAGAAGACCGCAGAGAAGCUGAAGAGCGGGCAAUUAUCACCACGCACACGUGAAAAAAUAAACAAAGGCCAGUUAUCACCUACAAGCCGUGCAAAACUACUUAAAGAUGGCAAUCUAUCACCCACGACGCGUGCUAAGUUGCAAGGCAGUGCCGUUGAUGCAGCAGCUUCGCCAUUGUCAGAUGCGCAAAAGCGUUCUUAUUCGCCAACCAAAGGUCAGGCGGUUGGUUACACUUCAGGUGCUCCAGGCAGUUAUAAGCCGCUGGUCGAUCCCACUGCUGCUUUCCUCGAAUCUGAACGUUACAAUAGGGAACCAGCAGCUGUGGCAGGUGCUGGGUCUGGAAAAGGUUUUCCUGGUAGCACAGAUGGUGUAGCGGCUGCUAGUGUAGCGGCUGCUGGUAAGGGCAAGGGUAGCACACCAGUUUCUCCCAAAAAAGCUGCCAGUGGGUUAGCUGCUGGCGCUGCUAGUGGAGCCGCUGCACCAAAACCCAAGAAGAAGCGUGUCAAGAUUAUGGUAAUUACAUCCAAAUUCGAUCCAAAUACAAAGCGCGUUGAUGCUGAAAAUGGCGCCAUUGAACACUCCACUGGCAUACUUGAUCCUCAGACUGGCCUAAUCGAUAGCAAGUAUGGUCAAAUUGAUCCCAAAAAAGGCACUCUAUUAGCUUUGAAUACAAAGACCGGUAAAAAUGAAAUCUACCAAGGAGAAGUAGAUCCAAAAACUGGAAACGUGCAUCUGGUGUCUGGUGUUGCAGAUCCUAAUACUGGCCGCUUGGAUGAGAGCUUGGGACAAAUUAUUUGUAUCACACCACAAGACAAUCCAGUGGUGGAACUUACUGUUAUCACAAGUCGCAUUGAUCCGGCAACUGGUAAAGUUGAUACUGUUAAUGGUGAAGUUGAACGUUCCCUUGGCGUACUAAAUGUCGAUUCUGGUCUGCUUGAUACCAAAUAUGGGGAAAUAAAUACUAGAACGGGUGAGUUGAAGUCAAUUGACCCCAAGACAGGCAAAAUUGUAGUGACUAAGAAUGUCAAGGUUGACCCAGCAACAGGACAGCUCACCCUCUUAGGGGUCACAGACCCUAAAACUGGUAAAGUGGAUAAUACACAAGGUCGCAUUAUUGAAGUGGGCCAACAAAUCGAUCCUAUUGUCGAGGUUACUUCACUCGCUGGUAAAUACGAUUCUAAGAAGAACAUUAUCGACCCGAAAACCGCACUUGUUGAGACUUCCGGUGGUCAGUUCGAUCCUAAAGCUGGAAAGAUUGACACAAAGUAUGGGCAAAUUGAUUUGGUUAAACACACAAUCACGUUUACUGAUCCAAAAUCAGGCAAAACUGUUACGCGUGAUAUCAAAAUUGAUCCGGCCACUGGACAAAUUGUGCUUAAGAACCAAAUAAACCCGAAGAACAAUAAGCCUGAUAAAGAUUAUGCACGCAUUAUAUCCUUACGUAUUGUACAACAACGCGUCGAUCCAAAAACGAAAGCACCUAUCGCUCAAGUCAGCACGGCGAAGGACAAGGAAAUUAUUGUCGAUCCAAAAUCUAACCAAAUUUGGAUGCCCACCGGGGCUAGUGAUCCGAACACAAAGGAAUCGCAAUACAUUUCCAGCAGUGUGGAUCCGAAGACCGGUUACGUUAUCACUAUUUACGGUUAUCUCGAUCCGAAAACGAACGAAAUCAAGAAACAAAACAAACUCGACCCCAACACCACAAAAAUCGAACCAUCCUCGGGCAAGAUAUAUACUGCUACCGGAGAGGUUGACAAAACUACCGGCGAACCGCUCUACGCCACCACCCAAGUUGAUCCCGAAUCCGGCGAUGUAUACACGAAAGUCGGGCGUGUUGAUCCCAAAACGGGCAAAAUUGUCAUUGUUCGAGUACUGCUCAUUUCCAAGACCGAUGAGCGUGGCCGACCUGAAGAAAUCGAUCCAGCGACUUGCGAAAUCGAUCCAGUCUCUGGUCGAAUUCUCAAGUUCUUCAAUAAAACUGUCUAUGUUUAUACUAUGAUAGAUCCAGUAACAGGUGAAAUUGUACAGGUUGAUCCAAAUGAUCCACGCUUCGCGGGAGCACGCACCACCGUCACACAAACAAUGACAUUGACAGGCGAGAUCGAUCCGGUGACAGGACGUAUAAAGAGCGAAUAUGGUGACAUCGAUCCAAAUACAGGUGACAUCGAUCCAGCCACAGCAGUACGCGACCCCGUAACAGGCAAACUAAUUCUCAAUUAUGCCCAAAUCGAUCCAUCGCACUUCGGCAAAGAGGCGCAAGUAAGCACAACUACCGAGACCGUUCCAAUCACACGUGAGCAAUUUUUCGAGGGCGUAAAACACAUGGGCAAAAAUGCAUUACGCCGCGACUCGGAGGCCAGCUCCGAGGAUGAAAUGACACAGCAAUAUGGCAGUGAGACUGUUAAGGAUAUGGUUCUGAAUAGCCCCAAACAAACUGAGGGUACAACGGUAACUACCACAACAACAAAACAAACAGGCAAAUAUGGUACACCGACGGUGGUGAAGACAACCACAAAACAAGUGCUAACCAAGAACGAUGACGGUGUGACACACAAUGUGGAGGAGGAAGUGCGGAAUUUGGGUACAGGCGAGGUCACCUAUUCAACGCAGGAACACAAGGCUGACGCCGAUGUGAGCGGUGCCUAUGUAACUGCCACUGCUGUAACCACCCGCACAGCCACAACACACGAAGAUUUGGGCAAGAAGGCCAAAACCGAACAGCUCGAAGAGAAGACGGUGGCGACAACGCGGACCCACGACCCUAACAAGCAGGAGCAGCGCGUCGUCACGCAGGAAGUAAAAACCACAGCGACAGUAACUAGUGGCGAUCAGUUCCGAGACCGUGGAGACAGUAUUUCAUCGACUAGCUCUGGUGACUCGGGCACGCCCAUCGAUGGCCCAUACGACGGGUCCAGUGUGGUGCGUACCUCGACCAGCUACAAGCCAUCGCCUCUGAUUGGAACCAGCACCACUACUACCGGCCCACAUGUUGAACAGACCCGCGUCAUAUUAGGCGAAGAUACACCUGGCUACUCGGGACAUGGCGAGAUUGUGUCAACACAAACACUCAGCAGCAAAACGCGAACUGUUGAAACUAUUACCUACAAGACCGAACGUGAUGGCAUAGUGGAAACACGAGUCGAGCAGAAGAUCACCAUACAAUCAGACGGCGAUCCAAUUGAUCAUGACAAAGCCUUGGCUGAGGCAAUUCAGGAAGCGACAGCUAUGAAUCCAGACAUGACAGUGGAAAAGAUUGAAAUACAGCAACAGACACAGUAAAAUCAUUCUCUGAACACCGGCGGACCCUUCGGGCCCUGUCUAUGUAAACACAAAGCACAUCCAAUAUAAAUAGUAUAUAACAUAAAUAUCCGAUAUAUAUGUAUAAUUUAAAUUAAAAGCACCCGCACACAUACAAAAUGUUAAACGAACAUCAGCCCACACAUACAAAUGUAUACACAUAAAAGCAAGCCUUUGACAAGAGAAAAGCUAUUUUCAUGCUAUUUUAAAAGAAAUCGAUAAGCAAAUGAAAAAAUAAUAUUUUUUUAUUUACAUAAAUUUUUUAAAAAUUUAUAUUUAAGCCAAGCGCAAGUAAAACACAAUUACGAUUAAAAAGAAAAUAAUAAAAGUGAAUAUAAAAUAAAGUAAAUGCAAAAUUUGAACUAACAACUUAAGUUAAAAUAAAUUAAAUGCUUUUAUUAUUAUUAUCUUUAAAAUGUUGAUUUUUACUUUGUGUAAUUAACUACAAAUAUGUAGAAGCAAGUUAAUAUUGUAUAUGCAUUAUAAUACAAAUAUAAUUAAAUACGUACGUCAGUAUAUACAUAAAUAAACGGUAAUCAAAAGUGGAAAGAGUUAAGGAGAAUACAUACUUACAUACAUAUGUGAGUGUGUACUGAUAACGAUGCGAUUGAAUUUGGGCUCUAAUUAUGUGAAAAUGUCAAAUAUUUCGCAGCCACUUUACGAUUCGCACACAAACCAACUUCUAAAGUAAAAAACACUACGAACUGUAUGAAAUUUAAAUAAAACAAUCACAUAUUUGUAUAAAAAA